CGGUCGACUAAUUACCAAUUUUCGUACAAGAAGCAAUGGUGUCCUACAAAAUGAAUAUGUUACUCAGGAUUUUUUCGGGAUUUUUGUUAUGACUGGACUAAGGAGGUGGGGGUAAAGUAAAUCACAAGUUUAUAGUGUUUUCGAUUUAGUGAUUUGCGUGUGUAAAUUCGCCAAAAUGGGUGAAAGAACGGAACGUACGGGCACACAAGUAGUGCAUGUCCGUGAGAACAGCGAUCACGAGAUGGAGGCUAUGUUCAAAGCAGCUCUCAAUCCUAAAUCAGCGGUAGCAGGCAUUCCAUUAAGACAGAGAAACUUACCUCCAUCAUUUUUCACACCUCCCGAUCCAAACAAACAGAUAAAUCAUAGUCGGGAGGGAAGUACAGACUCCACUGGGUACCCUAACCCAGGUCAUAGUGUUCUUACUAGUGCAGGCACCACUGUAAUCCACGGUCGCACUCAGUCUUCACCUGCAAUGUUACAACAGACGCAGUUUAGUACAUUACCCCCACCGCAACACACACGUCAACGCUCAUGUGAUCUUAUUCUUGAAGAGCAACCGUUACCUCCUGGAUGGGAAAUGGCCAAAACUCCACAAGGGCAAAUAUACUUUUUGAACCAUGUUACUCAGCAGACAACGUGGCAGGAUCCACGCAAGCCAAACUUUAACUUGAGCAAGAGUAAUGUGCCCCUUGGUCAACAAACACCCCCAAAUGUGUCGCCAAACGUCUCUCUACAGAAUCUUCACCAGUUACAAAGUCUUCAGAAUAUGCCGCUACCGGAAGGCUGGGAACAGGCGGUGACGCCGGAGGGAGAGAUGUAUUUUAUUAACCAUAAUGAGCGAACUACUAGCUGGUUUGAUCCUAGAUUACCUAUGCAUAUGCAAAGAUUGAAUGUGCGACCAGGGCAAGGGCCUGUUCAUCCGCAACCUCCUAUGGGGGUGGGGGCAAAUCCUCAGGCACGGGGAAUGCCACCUGUUGCCCAGCAGCAAACGGCCCUACAGAAACUGCAGGAGGAGAAAGAACAGUUACGCAAGCGGCAGGAAGAACUCAACAGACAGGUAAAGCUUGAGCAGGAAUUGGCAUUACGGAAUUCUAAUACAGAAUUGACGACAAUUACAGACCCAUUCCUGGGACAGUCUAAUGCCACAGAUUUACACGCAAGACAAGGCAGCACAGAUUCAGGUCUAGGAGGAAUGGGCAGUGGGACCAGUUUUGUACCGAGAACUCCGGAAGAAUUCCUGAGUAAUGUUGGCGAAAUGGAUGCGCAAGACGGAGUAGGUCAUCGACAAGGUGAUUUCAACAAUAUGGACAUGGGAAGUAUAGACGCAGAACACUCAAACAUGGAUAGUGACGACCUUGUACCAAGCUUACAGGCUGAUGAUAUCAGUAAUGAGCUGCUUAAUGACGUUCAGACAGUUUUAGAAUCCAAUAAAAUGGAUGACAGUUUACUCACCUGGUUGUGAGGUCAAGGUUACAAAAUUCGUUGCCAUGGUAAUAUACUGAAGGACUUUUGAAAUAUAGUUACCAGGCAACAGUUUUUAUACAUAAUGUAUCAUAGCAACAGAAGAAAUGGAACAUACAAUAUGGAAUGUUUUAGACAGUGAAUGAAGCUACUAAGGAAUGUUUAUUUAAUGUUUUCAUAUUGGCUCUUCUUUCCAACUCAUGGUUGUAAAAUGUCACUGUACAUUUUCAUGAACAAAUUUUACGAGUUCAGAUUAGGAGAACAUAGAUGAUUGUUUUUGAAAAUAACUUGCAGUUGCUAAAAGAGAAUAGAUACUAUAUUUGUUGCCAUGAUGACAUGCUGCAAAACAGAAAAGACAAAAGAGCGAAGCUGGCCAGGAUACAAAAGACUUGCCGUAAGAAAUCUUCUGGCCAGAUUUUCUCUCUCAGAAAGUGUAAACCUAUCCAUGUACUCCUCAUAAUAAAGAUGUGCAUAAGAAAGACUUUGUUGUAAGAAUCACAUUGUAGUUGUUACAAUGUAAUUAUAUCACAUAUAUUUUUCUUUACAAUUUUUAUUACAUGUAUCAGGGAAAUAACACUUAUGAUGAUAUAUGUUAAUAUGUGUGCAUCAGAUUAUAUUUUGUAUUUCAAAAUAUGAAAAUUAACAAAAAAAAGAGAUAAAAAUGUAAAGUUUUAUUAUUAUAAAUUUGUAACCAUUAGACUGUGGUUGUUCUUGCAUUAUCAUUUUCAUUAAAUAUGUACACAUUUAGUUCAUUAUAUUGCAUUGGUCAUUAUUACUCACAUGUGAUUUUUUAUAAGCAUUUUGCCAUUAUUAUAAACUAUUAUUAGUCAUAUGAUGAAAGAGGUCAAUUUAUAAUGUAAAUAUUAUAAAUAUUUUACUGUUGAAAGUGACAAGGGUUCUACCUGUUUUUCUUUUGUGGAAAAAAUGUUUUCAGGUCUAAUAAGGCAACAAGAUCGAGUUUUUUAUCAGUUGGGAUUCAAAAGAGUUGCGCUUAUUUUUGGUCCCCAAAAAGCUUUUGUAAUCUAGUCGCUAAAGUCUAAAGCUAUGCAGCAUUAGGCAUACUGGGUUACAUUUCCUGUAGUUUACUGUACAAUAAGCGAGACUUGGACUCUUUAAGGACAUAUUCCCAUACCAUAAAAAAUUGACCUCUUUGAUCAUACGAGAAUUUGUUGAAUUUUAUGUAUAUUAUGUGCAGCUCUUCCCAAAUGCAUUAUUUUUAACCUUUUGUGUUUUUAUAUAUUCUUUAUAUAAAGUUACUUCUGUAGCAAGUCUUCUGUGCAUUGACAUAUUCAAUGAAAAACUUGAUUUUUGAAAUUCAAAAACGGAUAUUGUGAUUUUUCUUUCCAACUUUGCGUUUAAGUUUGUUGAUGGAUUUGUUGGUUGAAUUCGCUAUGCAGGCAUAGUGUUUACUUUGCUUUAAAUGCAAUUUAAGGGAAGGUAAAUAUGCUGAUAGAAGAUAAAAUAACUUGAAUUUUUCCAGUAGUGAUACUGUACAGCUUCAUCUAUCCGUCUGUGGUCAUGGUGGCACGAUUCAAUAGAUCGACUGAUCAAGAUCACGUAGCCUUUGACUUUCAGAAAUACAGGUGAUUAGACUGGACGUAUUAGCACUGGAAUUAUGUUUUUAUCUUUUUUCAGCGUAUGUCUUGUCUCGAUAAUAUGGUAUUAUCAAAAACUCAUUUAAACUUUCAAAUGCUUCCAUCAUUUAUUUUGUAGCCCUCUGUAUAUUUACCUUAUUUGUUGACAAUCUUUCUAAUUUGGAAAGAUUUACUGGCUAAUAACGUGUAGAAGAUAUUUAUAUUGCAAUAAAUUCAUUUGUAUUUGAUUGGAGUUUUGUUAGUAGAAAAGUAUGUUCCGCGAUUUUUCAUUUCCAUACAUGCCAUAAAAAUUUAGUUGUAGUAAUGGAUACCAAUUAAUUUAUAGUGAUGAAAGAAAAUGUAAGAAAAUAUUUGUACAUUAUAUUUUUUUUUUAAUUCACAAUUAGGUAAAUUUCUUCAACUACUGUUUUGGAUACAAGAAUAUCUGUGGUGUAGAUAAAGUAACUCAUUCACAGAUGAGUGUUUGAAACACUGUGUGCUAAGUAGCUAAGUAUUCUAACAAAACGGUUUGUUGUAUCAGUUCACUGAAUUAUAAAUGAUAGUUUCAACAAAUUAAAAGGAAGAACGUUCAUUUAGAGAUCCAAAUUUUGACAGUGUUUUAUUCCUCAGCUUUGAAUGUUUCACUUUAAAAAGUAUAUGAACAAUUAUUUGUGCCUUUUUUAAAUUGCACAUGUAGCGCUAUUUUUCACUUUGUCCGAAACUUAAUAGAUGCCUUUUACUAGAUAAAGACGUCCACUUUUCCAAUUGCUGUAUCUUGGCAUCACUUCUAAUGCUGAAUAUUUUUUUGCCUUUAGAUCUAUCAAACUGUGAUAACUUUGUAACAGAUAAAGGUCUCUGUAUUUUCAACAAGAAGUGUUUCUUUGACAGUUAAUGUAUAUUAAGAUGAAGUCUAACUGCAAAAAUAUCAGAUUUACUAAAAAUUGAUCAUUUGAUCAAAAACAGUACGAUCGAUUUUACUUUGCUAGCAACUAAGAGCAAAGAAAGUUGUAAGAAUAAUGUGUUUGGUAUGGAAAAACCAUUUCCUUAUUAACAUAAUGUAUACAGAAAUCGUCAGAAUAUAAUUUAAAUGGGAAGGAAGCAUUUUAUAAGUUGGUAUAGAUAACUUGAUUUGUGGAAAAGUUACCAAAGUUUGACAUUGGUCCAAGAUUUUAAAACUUAGACACUAGACAAGUCUCAAAACUCGAGCAUGAUUGGUUGAUUUUGAGCUCAGUCUUGAAAUUGACCAAUGACAAGGCCGAAUUUAUAGACUGGUCGGCAAACUCAGUUUUAUUACCUUGGACUGUGAUUGGCUACUAUGCACAAAGUAAUUCUACUUUAAAUGUUGUAAACCCUUCUCCUUUUAUAGAUGUUGUGAAUACAGAGAGAAGUUUCUAUUUUUGUACUACAACUGAUUAUUUUUUGAAGCAAGACUCAGUUGUUCAGAAACCAUAUCAUUCCAGUGAAAUUCUGUUUCUUUAGGCAUAUUUUCAUCACACAUAAAUGUAGGAAUAUAUAACUAGAUGAUGAAGACUGAGCACUUAAUAUUUCACCCCUGAAAUACCAUAAUGGACUUGUCUGUCAAUCAAUUUUGGAAUGGUGUACAGUAUAUUAAAGGGGUGGAAUGGUACAAUUAGAGAAUAGAUAAUGUAUUACUUGGAAAACAUUUGUCUUGUGUUUAAAUGUGCCUAUAGACCCAGAAUUUCUUUUUCCGUAGAUACGGAAUUUUCAGGAGAAAAGAUAGAUUUUAUUUUUUUUAUUACAGAAAUUCAUCAGUCAUGAAAAUGUUUGUUUUUGUGUGAUUUAUUUCCCUGACACCUUAAACUGGUGAUAAAUGUUCAUCAUUGCUGUUUUGCACUUUCGAAAAUACACAUUUUGUGUUCUGUGUGAAAAAUGAGGAGUUAAUUGAAGCUUGCUAGAAGAGUACUCUCUAAACUGAAUGAUGCUCUUUCUUUCGGGAGAUUUAUAAAAUAGAAUCUCCUAGAUUGAAAACCAGAAUGGUUGACAUUCCAUGUCCAUGUUGUUAAAAUUACCAUUAUCAAGGUAAUUACAAAACAUGCAUAUUACUUGUGAAAAUGGACAAAUUAAUAAAUAUUUUUAAUAAACAAAAAAUGAUACUUUUUGUUUAUUUGAUAAAAAGGCUUUACAAUGUAGUGUUUUCUUGCUUUUUUCGAUUUUGUAGAAAGAACUACAUUUUGGCAGAUGGGAUGAAGAAUAAGAUAUUUUUCAUGGCCAUUUGUCACUGUGUUGUUAUGACACACGGCCAGACGACCUUGGUUGUUUUCUAGUACCAUUGUUACUGUAACCUUUUUCUUGCAUUUUGUACAGUUCUGUUUUGCUCUUAGAUUAUAAACACUGUCGUUUCAUAAGAUAGAUUUAAUGAAUUGAUAUUCUGUACAUUUUUGCUGUAAAAAUUUUAUGUGUUUUAAGUCUCUGUAGAAGUUUUAAUGUGAUUUUUGAGUAUUGAAAAAGGAAAAAAAAAAGAAUAUACACAUGUUUGUUCCAUAAAAAAAAAGAUUUUCUGUUCUGUAAAAGAGGGAUAGUUUUGUGUCAUUUUCAUAUUUUAGCAUACUCAAAUAAGUUUUAAGAUAUUUGUAUGUAAUUGAUGAUAGGUGACGAGUACUAUGUCCCAGAGGAUUUAGAUGGGAGACGGAAAUUUCAUUAAUUUUUGGUACUACUUUUUUUUCGAUAGAUGUAAGUUUAGGGUUCAGUCUUAGGGCAUUAGUGCAUACAUGGUAGUACAGGGGCUUUACUCUUUACUCCUAACAAGGAUUAAGGAUUAAUUUUGAAGAUAUGCACUUGAAACGGCAAUGUUUCUAGAUGUGUAGAGGAACAGUUCAUUUUGGACAUAAAUGUUUUCUCAAGAUCCCUUAAUUUGUACCACAAAAUUAUGACAGUUCCGUCUAGGGAUUUGAUAAUGUAGUAUUAUUUGCAAAAGAUAGAAAAUUUAUUUAAGUGAUUUGAAGGAAUCCUACAUAAUGCUGUUCUAGUACACAGUCUAUACUUUUUACAGUUAAUUAUGAAAUAUAAAAUAUAAGUGAUACACAACAGUAAUUUGUAAGUUAUGACUUGUACAGUUGAAUUUCAGCAAUUCUGUUAGCAAAUGUCAUGUUCUCAGAAAAAAGGUAGAUUAUCAAUUCUUAGGAACUACUUUUUAUAUGAACCAAACACAGUACUGUAGUGUGUUAGAAGCAAAUCUUUUAAAUUCUGUUACAGCCAAAUUGUAUAUCUGAAAUAGCGAACAGUUGCUACACAGUCUAUGUACACUUGAAACAAAUAGGCUUGUACGUGUAAACCAUAUUGUCUGUUAGGUUAAAAAUAGUUAUCAUUUAAUAAAUGUAUAAUUACAGCUCUGCACACACAAUAAAUUGUUUAUUUAAUCAAAUUUGAUAUAUCUUUUGAGGAUUUUCUACAUUUUAAGUUAAUUUCUAAUGUGAAAGACACACAUAAUAAAUGUUUUGGAUUUUAUGGCUUAAUUUCUGUCUCCCCAACAUUUGUCAUGUUAUUUUAGUAAAUAUUAACCUUAGUUUGCCUAUUAGUGUCAGGCUAAUUGGUAUGUAGGAUUCCAAGAAAUUUAUAUAUAUUAUAUAUCUACCGUUAGCUAUUUAAAUUUUAAUAUUAUAAUUAGAUACAUAUCUAUGUAAAUAUGUUAAAUGGUGAACUGAUUAAGUUUCAACCAAAGUAUUCAUGAUAUUAUUAUUCCUUUGUAUUUUUUAUGAUGAUCACUUAAAGGAACAAAUUAAUUCAAAUUAAGGGCUGGUUAUACUGAACUAGGUAUUAAAAAGUUAAAUUUGGAAAAUCUUGAAUUUUUAUUGAAGUAUUAACAAUAAAUUAACAUUUUGUAGAGAUUUAAAUACGCAGAGUUGACAGUAUACUUUUAACACCUUAUUAAAUGCAAGUAUAGAAUUCUGAUAAACUGUAUUACCAGCCUUUAUUUCAGUAAGUUGAAAACAAACAAAAGAAUCACAUCAAAUUGGCCGACAUGAUUUUUUUUAAAAUGUCUUUCUUUUUAACUUUAGAAUUCUUUGACCCUAUCUUGUCGUGUAUUUUUUUUUCUCAAAGGAAAGUGCUAUCAAAUGUGAUGUUAUGCAGUUGUAUUGUGAUAUUUUACUGAUAAAAAACCAUAACCUGUUUUAUACCUAGUUUUUAUCACCCUUUCAAUUUGCUUCCAAUCAUUAGUUACAUAUGUAUCAGUCAUUCGUACUCUCAUCUCUUUGUAUCAUUUAUUAUUUUCUAAAUUGUCAGUUGAUCAUUUUUUUAGUUAUAUUGUUUAAAAAAAAAAAAUCAAAUGCUAUUCUGAAAUUGAGAUUGGCACAAAGUCAUAAAACUGAAUUUGGAGACCAGUCAUAAAAUUCCAGCAUCUGAUUGGUCGUUUCUGAAGACAAAUUUCAAAUUGAUCAAUGGCUAGGCUUAAUUCUAAAUACUGGUGCCCAAAAUCAGUUUUGUAACCUUGAUCCAUGGACUUUUCAAGACUUUAUGCAAUUUUGAGAAUAAGAGGCUAGAAAGUCUUAAGAUCUCAUGAAAAACAUGUUUUCACAAAAUGCGACCCCUAUUAGGUCAUAAAUGUAAAUACAAAUAAAAAAAGAAAAAAAAUGAA